AGUACAUUCCAGUUAAGCUUGUAUCGGCAGUCGUUACUGGACGGAGGAGGGGGUCAGAACACUUCCCCCUGGUCAUUCUUUUUCCCCAGGUGAGGAAUACUUCUGAAAGGAUCACCCAACGGGGAUUGUUUUAUGUAUUCAUAAAGUCACCAGGAACUGAACCCAUCUUGUCUUAGUGUCAGUGGGGAUGAUUCUUUCUAUAUAUGUUCGCACCAUUCGCUCAGUCAUAAAACACGUGUCGAUCCAGCCCAAACGGAGAUGGAAAGGCGACGACGGCUUCGAUGACUGAGAGACACCCGCAUCCCUCAACGGCCGGUUCCAGUCUUUUGGGUCGACCUGCGUCGCUGCCUUUACAGAGCUAGUGGCUCUCUCCUGCCUCCUACAGGCGGACUUCUCUCGCCCGGCGCCGGCUUGGACCGAACUUCUCAGCAUUCCCAAAACACCCGAAAAAGCCGAAGCAGCCAACCGGAGUCGAGACUGCCGCCGUUUGUCGGCAGCCACCCUGACAUUAACCCGCGCAACAAUAGCCGGACCCUAAGCGGCGCCCAUCCGGAGCCCAGGGAGGGAAGGCGGCCCGGAAAGGCCAGGAGAUCCUUCCUGCCGGCCAAGGACCGAAGUCCCGCACAGCGGAAGUUCCUGUGCCUGAGCCACGUGGGCGUGCAAGGGAGAGGCCGUGGCGGCCGUUGUGCCAGCUGUUUGCCCGGGAGCGCUGGCUGCUUCUGCUGCUCCCCAGGAAGCGGACGUGGAGCUCGGAAGAAACUCGGGCAUGGAGGGCGGGUGGCUUUCAGAGCGCGGCCGGUUGGCGGCCGGGCUGCUGGUAAACUUGGCGGCGUCUAUUUGCAUCGUCUUCCUGAACAAGUGGCUGUACGUGAGAAUGGGCUUCCCCAACCUCAGCCUCACGCUGGUGCACUUCGCCGUCACCUGGCUGGGAUUGUACGUGUGCCAGUCGCUGGGCGCCUUCGCCCCCAAAAGCCUCAGGCCGCGCCAGAUCCUCUCUCUGGCGCUCAGCUUCUGCGGCUUCGUGGUCUUCACCAACCUCUCCCUGCAGAACAAUACGGUCGGCACUUACCAGCUGGCCAAGGCCAUGACCACGCCGGUCAUCGUGCUCAUCCAGAGCGUGGCCUAUGGCAAAACCUUCGCCACCCGCAUCAAGCUCACUUUGAUUCCUAUCACUUUAGGUGUUUUUUUAAAUUCUUAUUAUGAUGUGAAAUUUAGUUUACUUGGGAUGAUAUUUGCUGCUCUUGGUGUUAUAGUGACAUCUCUUUAUCAAGUGUGGGUAGGAGCAAAACAACAUGAACUACAGGUAAAUUCUAUGCAGCUACUAUACUAUCAAGCACCAAUGUCAUGCGGCAUGUUGCUGUGCGUUGUUCCCUUCUUUGAGCCGGUCUUUGGAGAAGGUGGAAUUUUUGGCCCCUGGACUCUCUCUGCUGUGUCUAUGGUGCUGGUUUCUGGAAUAAUAGCAUUUAUGGUGAACUUGUCUAUUUACUGGAUUAUUGGGAAUACUUCACCAGUGACAUACAACAUGUUUGGACACUUCAAAUUCUGCAUCACCCUCAUGGGAGGAUAUCUCUUAUUUAAGGAUCCUUUAUCGAUUAAUCAAGGCCUUGGAAUUACAUGCACAUUGUUUGGCAUUCUAGCUUAUACACACUUCAAACUUAGUGAGCAAGAUGGGAGCAAAAGCAAGCUGGUUCAACGUCCGUAAAUUAAGUAUUUUUGUUGGUAACAAAUGAAUUGCUUUAAUAUGCACUGAUUCCAAAAGCAAUGUACUGUCUAUGGAGGAAUCUAAAAUUGUCCAUCUCCCAGCAGAGCAGGUAUUCUUUCUCCUAUAGCCGCCAUGCACUGCCUCCGCCUCCUCUGGCCAGUUGGGGUAUGGAUUGGAUUACAUCGAGGGGGUCACAGGACUCAGUAGAAAGAAAAGCAUAGUAAAGAAGACUGGUAGUUGAUGUGUGUCUGCUUACGUUGGCAUGCCCAGAUUCUCCCUCUCUCUUUUCUCCCCUUCCCUGUGUGUGUGUUGUGUGUGUUUGUAUGCACAUAUGUAUGUAUGCACAAUUUGUUUUUUAAAGGGCUGUUUGUAAUUACAGUGCAAUCAUUGUGAACUGUUCUAUUUAUACCAAAUGAACUCAUUCAGACAGAUACAGUGUUUUUUGCUAGAAAAUUAAUCAUGUCCUUAUGAUUUUGUCAGUAUUAAGAGACUGUUUUUUGUGAUCAAGUGAACAUUGAAGUUUCUUGAUA